ACCUUCAUCGUCCAUUCAUAACAUCCGGUAACUUUCGGUUCUUCCGGUCCUUUCAUCCGUCUCACAAAAUGGCGUCUGGCACAACGUUCCUCUUGCGCAUAUCAGAAUGAUCGCCGUACGUCGUCUUUAUUCGUGAUAACAUCAUCCCGAAACAGCUUAGGUGGCUUAGGGGUCAAGCACCGAAAGCCACAAGCAAUUAUGAACAGCGAACCAUCCAGACCCACGGCCCUCGCGUCUCUCACGGAGACGUAUACAGACUCCGAAGGCGAGCUCGACUCCGACUCGGACAGCAAUGAACCGCCCGCGCCGGCGCCGCGUCCCAUCGAGCCCAAACCGCCGAGCAUCGACAGCACUCCCAGCUCCCAAAACGGCGUGCCUUUGGUCUCUUACCGCGCCGAAGAAGACGACGACGACUUCGGCGAGGAUGUGAUCGUAGCCGACGAAGACUCCAUCAGCGACCUUCUGUCCGACGUCGGGCGGCCGGCUGAGCCUCGCACCCCUGUGCGGCCAGAGUCCCCGGUGUCGUUCCACCGGUGCCUGCUGGACCACGGCCCGAACAGGCUGUUCCUGCCGCCGGAGCCUCCGGGCCGCUGCUCGCAGACGCUGCAAGACAAAAUCUCGAAGCUGUACGAGCGCAAGCUGCGUGACGGCAAGGACAUGAACGCGUCGAUCCAGACGCGUAAAGACUUCAGGAACCCGAGCAUCUACGAGAAGCUGAUCGCGUACUGCGGCAUCGACGAGAUGGGCACCAACUACCCGCCCGAAGUGUACGACCCGCACUGCUGGGGCCCGUCGUCCUACUACGAGGAGCUGAGCAAGCGCCAGAAAGAGGAAAUGGACAGGCGCGAGAAGGAGAAGAAAACCAAGGUGGAGUUUCUGACGGGCACCGCCAAAAAGCCCGGUGCCGAGGCAGCGGAAGUGGCAGCGGGGCUCAAACGCAAGAGCAAGUGGGAUGUCGGCAGCGUGCAGACGGGUGGCGUCAUGAUGCCGGCACAGCUGAAGCCCGCCACGCUCGUCACUCCGCAGGUGGUCCCCGUGUCUCUACCCACGGGCACCAAGCCAACGGUCAUCUCGGCCUUUGGGACCCUUCCAAAGAAGACCAAGCAGUGAGCGAGACAUCUUAGGACCAUCCUCAGUACUGUUUCCUGCACUCGAGUGUGUAGUGUGUGCGACAUCCUUGGAAAGGCGUCUGCUAUGGCCAGGGCAAGUUUGUGAGCUGACCCGGGAACUUGUAGACUGUGGCGACUGGGCCGCUCAUUGAUUCUGUGAGUUGUUGCUUGGCCGAGCCGAGACAUUGCUCUGCUUACAAGCUGGAUAAAAAGAUCAGUAUGGCAA